AUGCAGGUCCAUUUUCCGUUCCCUCCUCUUCUAAUCACAAACUCUGAUCAGGGCUGCAAGGAGCAACUAAUUCGCUUGGCAAGUUUUGUUGACGAAAUAUUCAUCGAUCACGACGUUCGUCUCUUCGUCCGGCGUGCCUGGACACAACCACCGCAACCAUCUCCAGCCUCGUCCGCCUCGCUCAAUUACCCGCCAGUGUACUCCACAGCAACGAUGUUGGCGAUCAACUCUCCUCAUCCUCUCUCUUCUGCCGCCUACUCUUCCUCUUCCUUCCCCUCACCUCUUCCAAGGACCGCAGCAGCCGGAUUGCCGCGACGCAGUCAGUCGUCACGGCGUCUCCGACCCUCUACCGGUCGUAGGACUAGACAGUUGUCAUGGCGAUUUGACGAGCCCUUGACCGUCUGGCCGCACGACAUUGGUCCAGACGAGUCGGCCGGCAACAGUGCCGACCAGGGUUUUGAGACUCGGAGUCCUCGGGUGGCAAGGCAACCGGAAGUGGUACAGCCCGUGGACACGGAUCCGUGGAGCGAAGGUGGCCGGCCCUUCCGACUGCCGAGCCUUGUCUACUCUGGUCGUCAUCACGACCAAACCUCGACGGUCCAGUUCGCUGCAUCGGGUAGCGGCGACUCGAGCCAGGCGCACUCUCGUCUCGGCUCGCGCGAGACGGUGUGGCGUUCGGACGCCGGUUCUCUGGCGUCCAGUCGCCCGACUCUGUUGGACGACGCAGAGGCGACGUCCGAGGGGAAGAGCGAGGCGGAGGAGGUGAUGUCGACGGCGGAGGAGGAAGAAGAUGCCUCGGACAGGACAACGGGCUGGCUGUGGCCGGCGUUGUGGCCACAGCCACAGACGAUGCGAUCAGUCACCUCGUUGGUACAGCGUCGUAAGUUCGCCCGACCGGUCGACCGGCAACAGAAUCUGAUCAUGGAACUGUUCCACUACGCCGGCCGGGCGCUCGAUCUGGAGCUGGUGGUGAGGCAGCCAUCGGCCGCAGUGGCCGGUCGAGGCCGGACCGGCCUGCGGGAGACUCGAGCCUCGGCCUAUUGGCCUAUUGGCCAGGCGCAGCAGAAGCGUCGGCGUCAUGGGAACUGGAGGCAUUGGCAGCAAAAACGCGCUAAUCUGCCGACACUGUUGAGGACGGCCUACGGGGACGAGCAGACGGCGGGGCCGGGGCAUUUGGCCCAGAUCGCUUAUUACAACGCCUACUUCGACCACUGCCGUCAUCUGGCGUCCGGACUUGUCCACUGUUCUGUCAAGCCUGGUAGGUUCUUGCGAUGUGAUUUGACUUUCCGUUUCGAAGGAAAAGUCGGUGGCAAGGAAUUCGUGAAUUUGUCGUGUCGAAAGCCGAAGAAGGGUGUAUUGCCGUGA